CCCCUUUCUCUUCCCCCCAGGGUCGAGGCAAGCGCGAGCAGUCUCUAGAAGAGCUCCGCGCGCACAUCCACCGCCGCUACGUGCCGCUGCGCCGCCAGUUCAUGGUGCUGUUCCCCGAGGGGGGGUUUCUGCACAAGCGCAGGGAGGUCAGCCAGAGAUUUGCGGAAAAGAACAACCUGCCUAAACUAGAAUACGUGUCGCUGCCCCGAGCUGGUGCCAUGAAGGUGAUCAUGGAGGAGAUAGGACCCCACGUCGUGAAGGGAGAAGACGCGGGCACCUCCAAGGCCAACCAAGCUGACAUAAAGAAAGACGACAACUUCAACCAAAACAACGCGGCGACGAUCUCGAAAUUCUCCGACUCUCUAUCGAAGAGCAAAGACUGUAUCGAGUGGAUCCUGGACGUGACCAUCGCCUACGAGGACCGGGUUCCCCUGCACCUGCCCGACAUCGUGUGCGGGUUCCGCCCGCCCUGCACCACGCAUCUGCACUAUCGACUGUAUCCUAGUACCGAUGUCCCUGCAGACCCAGAGGGUAUGACCCAAUGGCUCUAUGACAGGUUCAUAGAGAAGGACAAGAUGCUGGAACAUUUCUACAGCACGGGCAAGUUCCCGUCCAGACCCUGCGUGCCCAGCGUCGUGAGAGAAGUGCGACAAGACAACCUGCGAUACUUUAUCGUGCAUCUCUUCUUCAUCACCUCAACUAUCAUACAGGUCAAGCUAGGGUAUAUGCUCAUGAGCUACUUCUGGCAGUAGGUCGGAGUAAGGGACCAGAUGUGACUCGCGAAGAUUUGCGCUGAACGAAUGCUCUAAACUACCUGCCGCAAAAUAACCCCUCGGGCCACAGUUUUUGGUACUUUUGUAUUAGUUUUAAGACAAACAUAUCUAUGCAACUCAGGUAGACUGACGAGACUUUCGUUUCGCGCAAAUCUUGUAUCCACGAAAAUUUCGGUCCAAAUUCUUUAGCACCUUUUGACUUUUUGAAUCCGUCUUUUUCAAUAGAAUAACUUCACUCUUCUUACUAGUCCAGGUUAGCCGGUGCAGUAGGUACUGCUCAUUGGUAUUCCCCGUCUGACAUCCACAUUUGUCUCUGUCCGAAUCACAUUUGUAGGAACGAAGCAAGUUCCUAAGGAAAUGUGCUGAAUAAAGUCUAGAAAUUUCUCCGUUUUGCUAACAAUUCCAUUUCAUAUGCGGGAGUGAUUUGUGUGCCGCGUACUGCCCCUGAUGUGCUCAAUAAUUCACUCUGCAAGGUAGUUUUAAUAAAAAUAAAAUAAGGUUCUGUUCAAUGUAUCCUAAACUCAAUAAACUAAGGCUGAACUGCACCCUCAAAAAGUUGCAUUCACACCACACACUAAUCACUUUUAUUAUCAAUUUCCACGUGUAUGGCUGGCAUAAAUAUUAUAUCACCGAACCAACAGUUUCUACCAGCUUAUGGUUUUACAAAGAAACCGUUUUGUCUCACCGCUGCGAGUUUCCACAUAAAGUUAAGGCACGCGUGUCGGCGAAGUUAACAGUUUUAUAACUCGAGCUAAUAGCAGGAACCACUUGCCUACUAUGUAGCACCAAGUACAGCUCACAAGAGCAAUAUCGUUUAUGUUACAUUAUAUGGUGACAUGCGAAUAACGGAGACAUUGUUAACCACUUAAGUUUUAACUUAAACCAAGUCAUUUUACGAAUUAAACUAUAAGUACUAAUUUUCUUUCACAUGUUUCGUUGUGAUAAAUAUAAAGUUGGUAUUUUUUAAAUAUUAUAAAUUGACAUUGAUCAGUAGUGCGGCAGCAUUAAAACAAGUAUUUACUAGAAGCCUUUCAAAAUCAGUGCAGUCUCGUUCAAUCCAAAUUAAUCCUAAACUCAUAAAACAUAAUUUUCCCAAAACAUGUAUCUUUCGACCCAGGAGAGUUACUCAAUACUGACGAAAAACGAACGAACGAAAGCUGUCGUGCAAUCGGCACGUUUAAUACAACGAGAUAUAGACAUGGCUCGAAUAGCUGCGCUCCGCAACUUCGUUUUUCGUCACAUAGAGUGACCCCCCUGUCACUAGAACGUAACGUUCCAAUAACGACCCCGCCAAGUCACGUCUGGUCCGAUCAGCAUAAGUUAUAAACUUUGUAACUAUCUAGAUAGGUUUCUAAUGAGUCCCUAUUAUUAACGCUAAUGACUGUUGUUUCAGAACUUUUUCUGUUCAGAAUUACUGGAAGAUUGACGUUGUUUUUGGUUCGUUUAGAAACAGCAGUCACUAGAUUUUAGGCGGUUACAUACUGCCCCGCAUACUGCUGCAUAUUCUGUGAAUAACAUGCGAAUGAACGUAAGUAAAAACCAUUAUCUCUGCGUGUUUUCUAUUCAACGUUGGGACACGCAUUUACGCAACAUGCUGUGUAAUGCGUGGCAGUGGGUGAACUGCCUUAAGCGCUCAUUCUAAAAAGGUGCAUGGCGUUAGUACAUUUUAGUUAAGGACCUAACUUUUGUAUGCGAGGUUGUUUUCUUUAUUACAAUAAGUUGAUACAAUGUUACCUCGUGUUGGUUAUAGAGUGUUCUCUAUAAAUGCCAUCGCACGUUUGUUAUAAUUUUGUAAACCGAAAGAGCACUUUCUUAUAGUGAGAAAACACCAUGUGUUAUCAAAGCGUGCUGUGACAUAUAAGUCAAUAUUUUAGGAAAUCUAGUUAAGGUAUAGGUUUUGUGUGCUUGAUGCUGAACCAAUAAUUGAUCCCCUAUGACAAUAAAAACUCUUUUUUCUUUGUAUUUUCACGGUACACCCUUUUAUACUAAACCUUUCUUACUUUAUACUAAACCUCUACUUACGAAUUUUUAAAUAUGACGUAGCAACUUUAUCGUACUAUGUAUUUUUUUGUACUGUCAUGAGCAGUUUUACAAAAAAUACAGCUAAGUACUUAGAACCCCCAUCUUUACUACAAUCCCAUCGUAUAUAAGUACCUACUUGCACUUUUGGGACGCAGUUAUUACA